CCGCUGAUGAUACAGAACCACAGACAGACAGACACAGUGCUGCCAGAACAAAUCAGUCCUUCAACUCACAUCUACUGAAAGUUCACAGAAAUCUACUCAGAGAGACUUUUCUUUUGUUCUUUUUGUUCGUAUUACUAAAUUUGCAUUGAAUUUACUUCAAAAAUGUCCAUGGAAUUGAGUGACAUGUCAGAUAUUUUCCCAAUAUGUAAAGGAACCCUGCUGGCUUCACGCUACAAGGUGCAGGCCUUUCUUGGGGAGGGGAGCUUUGGAAAGGUUGCCAAGUGUGUGGAUAUUGUUAAUGACACAAAGAUGGCCGUGAAAAUAAUCAAAGACAAGCCCUAUUUCACUCAGCGAGCAUUGGAAGAGAUAAAAAUUCUCCAACAACUGCAGACUCUGGAUGAGGACAAAUGCAGUCUCGUAAGAUGGAAUGGCUUGUUCUUCCAUGAAAGAUUCAUUUGUCUGAAGUUUGAGCUUCUUGACCUGAGUCUGUAUGACUAUAUGAAGCAGAGAAGCUUCCAGCCUCUGUGCAUAAGUGAGGUCCGCCCAGUUAUACAUCAGCUGACCACAGCCCUGCUCCACCUCGAGGCCCUGGAAAUCAUGCACGCUGAUUUAAAGCCUGACAAUAUAAUGGUUGUGGACCGUAGGCAGGAGGUGCUGCAAGUCAAGAUCAUUGACUUUGGCCUGGCUCGCCACGUGUCCGAUGCUGUCCCGGGGUCAUGUGUACAGUCACUGUGGUACAGGGCUCCGGAGGUCAUGCUGGGUCUGGUCUUCAUGGAGCCAAUAGACAUGUGGUCUCUCGGUCUGGUUGCCGCAGAAAUUGCUCUGGGCUUCCCACUUUUUCCCGGGUCUCACGAAUAUGACAUGAUGAAAUUCAUUGUGGAAACCCUGGGUCAGCCACCAGACUAUUUGCUGAACAGUGGGCAAAACAGCACCCGCUUCUUUUGCAUUGAGGGCAACUAUAACAAGCAGACCUGGAAACUUAAGACUCCUGAGUUAUUUGCCAGGCAGACAGGGCACUAUUACAAAGACACCAGACUCUUUCACUUCUGCUCUCUGGAUACGUUGGAGGAGGGGAUGUGUUUUGGUAACAAAGCUGAGCAGAAUGAGCUGCGAAACUUUGUGGACCUCCUAAAAAAGAUGCUACUGGUGGACAAAAAUAGGCGAAUAAUACCCCUUCAAGUGCUGGAGCAUCCAUUCUUCUCUGUGGAGCAGCACGCUCACAGCAGCCAAAGUAUAAACGAUAAAAACCUGAUGGUUGACAUGGAGGAGGCUGAGGCAUACGUCAGUCAACAGCUUUCCUCACAGGAGACGAGUGUCCACUCUUUUGCACUUUGCGAUGUUGCAUCCAUGACCAUGACUCCUCAUAUGGAAACAGUUUUUAUUCAUCCAGAAAAUGUCUCGGCAAAGCUGGAGGAUGAAGCAGCAGGGAUCCAGCCUGAGGUCACAGUGAAAACCAACAAGAGAGGCGGUGGUGUCAAGGAGUUCUUUAAGAGUAUGAGACGAACCGUCGUCUCCUGGUUCCACCGUGAGGACAAAAUGCCAUGAAUAAGCAAACCAUCUGAUCUACAUGAUCAGUCAUGAUUUAUCAUUUUUUUCAUUUUUCAUUUUAUCAUUUUGUCAUUAAACCUGUUAAAAAUGUG